UUCAUACACAUAUAUGUGUUAUACUUAAUAUAUUUGAAAUUAUAAUAUACAAAAUAUAUAUUAAUAUAUUAAUAUGGAAGAGUUUGGAUCCAGUAACAUGGAAGAGCUAAAGUGCAUGGUGUGUAAUAAAUAUUUUAGUUAUAAAAGAACCUUGAAGCGACAUCUAAUUACUUGUGGAUCUAAGGAAUCAAAAAAUUUGAAUAGUGUAAAAUGUCCUGAUUUGUAUUGUAAUAAUUCAUUUACAAACAAAAAAAUGUUAAAAUUGCAUAUACAGUGGCAGACCAUUGUGUGGAGUUACAAAAUGAACAAAAAACAUUUGCAACUCUUUAUGAUUUCAAAGAAUGGAAAUCAAAACUGGAAGAUAACAAUUUAUGUUUUUAUGCGUUAUAAAACUGUUGGACAGAAUAAAAAACACUGCGUAUCUGUAUUGUCAUAGAACUGGUAAUUUUCAAAGUAGAUCAACAGGUCUCCGUAAAAUAAAGAUUCAGGGCACAAACAAAAUUGGAUCUACAUGCCCAUCGUCAAUGAUAGUAUUAACAAAAGAAGACGGAACUGUUUGCGUAGAGUUUUGUAGUACUCAUUUUGGCCAUAAUAUGAAUCUUGGUAGAUGUAAUUUAACGCCAGAAGAAAGAGCCAUGAUUGCAGGUAAUCUUACUUUACACCAUCUAUUAUUAUAAAUGUGAAUAAAGGACAAGUGUUGUUGGGUUCCUGUGAUGUAGAAAACCUGUUUGUUUUCAAGUAAUAAUGUAUAUUAUCCUAAUGGUCGUCAGGUUUGGAUUCAUAAUUUAAUUUAAUUUUGCCCUGCCCUAGAACAACAGAAAAAAGAAAAUAUAGUAUGAGUUAUCUAA